GCUAAGAGGAAUCAAGGCCGAGAUGGAGCGAUGCGAGCGUAUCGCAUGGCAAACCGCGGCGAUCUGUUACUGCAGUGAUGCCGUGGUCGUGCUUUGUACGCGAAUGUAUAUCACAUUUCCUAUAGCCACCCACCUAUGCUCUACAUCCCUGCGUAAUCUGUCUCCUCGAUCCGUUCCAAUCCUGUUCCCUCGUUACUGCUCUUCCACUCGCAUCUCUCUUUGCGCACGAGCUUGGUCACAUUCGCAUUCACGCCCAUAAAACGCCAGCACGAUGCGGGCUUUCUACUGUGCCGCCAUCGCUGCAAGUCUUCUCGGCGCCAAUGUCGUGGCGAGUGUGAGCGAGCGCGACAGCAGCAGCAGCAGCGAUUCUCCGCGUGUUGUUCAGCAUACCAUCCAGCGGAAACCAGUCGUCAACCCGAUCGAGCAGGAUCGCAAACGUCUGGCGCGACGACAAUCAACAGUCAACGUACCUUUGACGAAUGAGGAGACUCUAUACUUCAUGAAUGCGUCCAUUGGUACACCUCCACAGAACUUUCAAUUACAUCUUGAUACUGGUAGUAGCGACCUGUGGGUGAACGUCCGCACAAGUUCAUUCUGCCAGUUAAAUGCGGCCGCUUGCGCGCAGAGUGGCUUCUACAACGCCAAUUCCUCCUCGACCUACAAGUAUAUCAACAGCCGCUUCACGAUCAAGUACAAGGACGGCUCGGGCUCAUCAGGCGACUAUGUUUCCGACACUGUUGCUUUCGGUUCAGCCACUCUCCAAAAUCAACAAUUCGGUAUUGGCUAUCGAUCGAGCGCGGCUCAAAGUAUUCUGGGUAUUGGCUAUCCUGCUUUGGAAGUCGCCUCCUCAUAUUACGGCGGAAAACCCUAUCCCAACAUUCCUCAAAACCUGGCAGACGAGGGCAUCAUUGCUACCAAUGCCUACAGCCUGUGGCUCAAUGACCUCGACGCGAACCUCGGAUCCAUCCUCUUUGGCGGUGUCGAUAGAGCUAAAUACAUGGGAGAGCUGCAGACGCUUCCCAUCAUCAAAACUCAAGGUGAAUAUCUCGAAUUCACCAUCGCUCUGACUGCUUUGGGUGCCAAUGGCAAGACCGGAGCUAUCGUCAACAAUAUCGCCGUGCCGGUCUUGCUCGAUUCGGGCACCAGCUUGACCUAUCUCCCGAGCAACCUCGCAUCGGCCAUUUUCUCCACCGUCGGCGGCACCUCCAGCUCUCGAGGAAUUCAAGUAGUCGAUUGCCGACUCGGAAACUCGGACGCCACCAUCGACUUCACCUUCUCCGGCGUGACCAUCAAGGUACCCUUGAAUGAGCUCGUCUUCGUCAACAAUUACGACCGCCGCGGACAGCCCGUCUGCGUGCUUGGCAUCCUCUCUGGGGACGGUACUGCCAUCCUUGGCGACACCUUCCUCCGUUCCGCAUACGUCGUCUACGACCUCGAGCGUAAUCAGAUCUCCAUCGCCCAGACCAACUUCAACGCCACAAGCACCAAUAUCCAAGAGAUCAGUGCCAACGGCGGAAUCCCUGGCGCCACCACCGUGCCCAAUGCCGUCGCCACUGGUUCAGCCAGCGGCGGCACCGGUCGUAUUGACGGCAACCCGGACGUCACCAUCACCAUCACUGGAGCUGCCCAGCCAACUGCUGCACCGGUGUACAACAUGGCUUUGGUAGGUGCUCUAGCCGGUGGGUUGCUUAUGGCCGCUAUUUGAGAUGGGACGCACAGAAGAAGACGGUGGAGAAAUUUGCAUCGCUUUGUGGAAAGUUACACUCCUGAUACCCCAUCUUGCAUGAUUACACGAAUUACUGGUUGUGGACAAAGCAGAGGAAGAUUUUAUGCAUGUGCAUUUUUCGUUUUAUGAUAAAUCUGCAGGAUGGCGACGGCGAGAGCCGCGCAGUGGGCAUCGCUGCUUGCGUUAGAUAGAUGAACAUGAUAGAAAUGAAUUUCAUGAAUUUGUGCUAUUAUGUCCCUGACUAUCAUGUUUCAUCAUACCCGACAUAAGCGACACUUGAGAGCUCAAUGAGACAUGCGCUUACGUCUAUUUGAGGGAAACAAAUUGACCCUCAUAGUAAGCGCUCCUUUACGGAUCCCACUACUUAUCUUGAUCAACAAGUAGAUCGAUUCUGAUCGUGGCGGACGUUCGUUCAAAGAAAACGAACAACAGCUCUACGAAGCCGAGACAAACAAAAUACC